UUUUGCGACGGCACUGGGAGGGGUGAGGGUUGUGAGGGCGGCGGGUGCCGGAGCUACGGCAGCGGCCGCGACCGGAGGAGCAAUAGUAGCAGCCGUGGCGGCCACGGGGCGGGGCGCGGCGGCCGGUGACCGCGGCCGGGGCUGCAGACGGCGGAGCGGCUGGCUUGCCAACACUUGGUGUCACAUGUGAGCCUCCCACAUGUGUUCACUCUUCAUCCCAGCUCUGUGAUUGAACUCUGCUCUUAUUGAAUAGGGGGCAAUUGGGCAGGCAUGCUUCAUUCCUGGAGUUGACAGUCGUUCCAUUUUUGAAUAGAUUAACACUGAAUCUAAAGUCCUACCUUCUCUCAUUGGUUUUACUUGGCCUUCAGACAUAAUGAGGAGACUGGCUUUUCGAGGUGCUGGUUGUGCUCUGGUAAAGCUGAAGAAGUUGGAUUCCAUGGGUUCCAAGAGAAGAAGAGCUACAUCCCCUUCCAGCAGUGUCAGUGGGGAUUUUGAUGAUGGGCACCAUUCUAUACCUACACCAGGCCCAAGCAGGAAAAGGCGGAGACUUUCCAAUCUUCCAACUGUAGAUCCUAUUGCUGUGUGCCAUGAACUCUACAACACCAUCCGAGACUAUAAGGAUGAGCAGGGUAGACUCCUCUGUGAGCUCUUCAUCAGGGCACCAAAACGAAGAAAUCAGCCAGACUAUUAUGAAGUGGUUUCUCAGCCCAUUGACUUGAUGAAAAUUCAACAGAAACUAAAAAUGGAAGAGUAUGAUGAUGUUAAUCUGCUGACUGCUGACUUCCAGCUGCUUUUUAACAAUGCAAAGGCUUAUUAUAAGCCAGAUUCUCCUGAAUAUAAAGCUGCUUGCAAACUCUGGGAUUUGUAUCUUCGAACAAGAAAUGAAUUUGUUCAGAAAGGAGAAGCAGAUGAUGAAGAUGAUGAUGAUGAUGGGCAAGAUAAUCGAGGCACAGUGACUGAAGGAUCUUCUCCAAGUUACCUGAAGGAGAUCUUGGAGCAGCUUCUUGAAGCCAUAGUUGUAGCCACAAAUCCAUCAGGACGGCUCAUCAGUGAACUUUUUCAGAAACUGCCUUCUAAAGUGCAAUAUCCAGACUAUUAUGCAAUAAUUAAGGAACCUAUAGAUCUCAAGACCAUUGCCCAGAGGAUACAGAAUGGAAGCUACAAAAGUAUUCACGCAAUGGCCAAAGAUAUAGAUCUCCUAGCAAAAAAUGCCAAAACUUACAAUGAGCCUGGUUCUCAAGUAUUCAAGGAUGCAAAUUCAAUUAAAAAAAUAUUUUAUAUGAAAAAGGCAGAAAUAGAACAUCAUGAAAUGGCUAAGUCAAGUCUUCGGAUAAGGACUGCAUCAAAUUUGGCUGCAGCCAGGCUGACUGGUCCUUCUCAUAGUAAAGGAAGCCUUGGUGAAGAAAGAAAUCCUACUAGCAAGUAUUACCGUAAUAAAAGAGCAGUCCAAGGGGGUCGUUUAUCAGCAAUUACCAUGGCACUUCAAUAUGGCUCAGAAAGUGAAGAGGAUGCUGCAUUAGCUGCUGCACGUUAUGAAGAAGGAGAGUCAGAAGCAGAGAGCAUCACGUCCUUUAUGGAUGUUUCAAAUCCUUUUUAUCAGCUUUAUGAUACAGUUAGGAACUGUCGGAAUAACCAAGGGCAGUUAAUAGCUGAACCUUUUUUUCAUUUGCCUUCAAAGAAAAAAUACCCUGAUUAUUAUCAGCAAAUUAAAAUGCCCAUAUCACUUCAACAAAUCAGAACAAAGCUAAAGAACCAAGAGUAUGAAACUUUAGAUCAUUUGGAAUGUGAUCUGAAUUUAAUGUUUGAAAAUGCUAAACGCUAUAAUGUUCCCAAUUCAGCCAUCUAUAAGCGAGUUCUAAAAUUGCAGCAAGUCAUGCAGGCAAAGAAGAAAGAGAUUGCCAGGAGAGACGACAUUGAAGAUGGAGACAGCAUGAUCUCUUCAGCGACCUCUGAUACUGGUAGCGCCAAAAGAAAAAGGAACACUCAUGACAGUGAGAUGUUGGGUCUCAGGAGGCUCUCCAGUAAAAAGAACAUAAGAAAACAGCGAAUGAAAAUUUUAUUCAAUGUUGUUCUUGAAGCUCGAGAGCCAGGUUCGGGCAGAAGACUUUGUGAUCUCUUUAUGGUUAAGCCAUCCAAGAAGGACUAUCCUGAUUAUUAUAAAAUCAUCUUAGAGCCAAUGGACUUGAAAAUAAUUGAGCAUAAUAUUCGUAAUGACAAAUACUCAGGUGAAGAGGGAAUGAUAGAAGACAUGAAACUCAUGUUCCGCAAUGCUAGGCACUAUAAUGAGGAGGGCUCCCAGGUUUACAAUGAUGCGCAUAUCCUGGAGAAGUUACUCAAGGAUAAGAGGAAAGAGCUGGGCCCUCUGCCUGAUGAUGACGACAUGGCUUCUCCCAAACUCAAGCUGAGUAGGAAAAGUGGUGUUUCUCCUAAAAAAUCAAAGUACAUGACUCCAAUGCAGCAGAAACUAAAUGAAGUGUAUGAAGCUGUAAAGAACUAUACUGAUAAGAGGGGUCGCCGCCUCAGUGCCAUAUUUCUGAGGCUUCCUUCUCGAUCUGAGCUACCUGACUACUAUCUGACCAUUAAAAAGCCCAUGGAUAUGGAAAAAAUUCGAAGUCACAUGAUGGCAAACAAGUACCAAGAUAUAGACUCUAUGGUUGAAGACUUUGUCAUGAUGUUUAACAAUGCCUGCACAUACAAUGAACCUGAAUCUUUAAUCUACAAAGAUGCCCUUGUCCUUCACAAAGUUUUGCUUGAAACUCGGAGAGACCUAGAAGGAGAUGAGGACUCUCAUGUCCCAAACGUGACCUUGCUGAUUCAGGAGCUUAUCCAUAAUCUUUUUGUGUCAGUCAUGAGUCAUCAGGAUGAUGAGGGAAGAUGCUACAGUGAUUCCUUAGCAGAAAUUCCUGCUGUGGAUCCCAACUUCCCUAAUAAACCUCCCCUUACUUUUGACAUUAUUAGGAAGAAUGUUGAAAAUAAUCGCUACCGGCGGCUUGAUUUAUUUCAAGAGCAUAUGUUUGAAGUAUUAGAAAGGGCCAGAAGGAUGAAUCGGACAGAUUCUGAAAUAUAUGAGGAUGCAGUAGAACUUCAGCAAUUUUUUAUUAAAAUUCGUGAUGAACUCUGCAAAAAUGGAGAGAUCCUUCUUUCUCCAGCACUCAGCUAUACCACAAAACAUUUGCAUAAUGAUGUGGAGAAAGAAAAAAAGGAAAAAUUACCAAAAGAAAUAGAAGAAGAUAAACUAAAAAGAGAAGAAGAAAAAAGAGAAGCUGAAAAGAGUGAAGAUUCCUCUGGUGCUACAGGCCUCUCAGGCUUACAUCGCACAUACAGCCAAGACUGUAGCUUUAAGAACAGCAUGUACCAUGUUGGAGAUUAUGUCUAUGUGGAACCUGCAGAAGCCAACCUACAACCACAUAUAGUCUGUAUUGAGAGACUAUGGGAAGAUUCAGCUGGUGAAAAAUGGUUAUAUGGCUGUUGGUUUUAUCGACCAAAUGAAACAUUCCAUCUGGCUACAAGAAAAUUUCUAGAAAAAGAAGUAUUUAAGAGUGACUAUUACAAUAAAGUUCCUGUUAGUAAAAUUCUAGGCAAAUGUGUGGUCAUGUUUGUCAAGGAAUACUUUAAAUUAUGCCCAGAAAACUUUCGAGAUGAGGAUGUUUUUGUCUGUGAAUCACGGUAUUCUGCCAAAACCAAAUCUUUUAAGAAAAUUAAAUUGUGGACCAUGCCCAUCAGCUCAGUCAGGUUUGUUCCUCGAGAUGUGCCCCUUCCUGUGGUCCGAGUAGCCUCUGUAUUUGCAAAUGCAGAUAAAGGGGAUGAUGAGAAGAAUACAGACAUCUCAGAGGAUAGUCGAGUAGAAGACAAUUUCAACUUGGAAAAGGAAAAAGAAGAUGUCCCUGUGGAAAUGUCCAAUGGUGAACCUGGUUGCCACUACUUUGAACAGCUCCAUUACAAUGAUAUGUGGUUGAAGGUUGGCGACUGUGUCUUCAUCAAGUCCCAUGGCCUGGUGCGCCCUCGUGUGGGCAGAAUUGAAAAAGUAUGGGUCCGAGAUGGAGCUGCAUAUUUUUAUGGCCCAAUCUUCAUUCACCCAGAAGAAACAGAACAUGAGCCCACAAAAAUGUUCUACAAAAAAGAAGUGUUUCUGAGUAAUCUGGAAGAGACCUGCCCUAUGACAUGUAUUCUGGGAAAGUGUGCUGUGUUGUCAUUCAAGGACUUCCUGUCCUGUAGGCCAACUGAAAUACCAGAAAAUGACAUUCUGCUUUGUGAGAGCCGCUACAAUGAGAGUGACAAGCAGAUGAAGAAAUUCAAGGGACUCAAGAGGUUUUCACUCUCUGCUAAAGUGGUAGAUGAUGAAAUAUACUACUUCAGAAAGCCAAUUGUUCCUCAGAAAGAGCCUUCACCUUUGUUGGAAAAAAAGAUUCAAUUGCUAGAAGCUAAAUUUGCUGAGUUAGAAGGCGGAGAUGAUGAUAUUGAAGAGAUGGGAGAAGAAGACAGUGAGGUCAUUGAACCUCCUUCUCUACCUCAACUUCAGACUCCCUUGGCCAGUGAGCUGGACCUUAUGCCCUACACUCCCCCACAGUCUACCCCAAAGUCUGCCAAAGGCAGUGCAAAGAAAGAAGGCUCCAAGCGAAAAAUCAACAUGAGUGGCUACAUCCUGUUCAGCAGUGAAAUGAGAGCUGUGAUUAAGGCUCAGCACCCAGACUACUCUUUUGGGGAGCUCAGCCGACUAGUAGGAACAGAAUGGAGGAACCUUGAGACAGCCAAGAAAGCAGAAUAUGAAGAGCGGGCAGCUAAAGUUGCUGAGCAGCAGGAGAGAGAGCGAGCAGCACAGCAACAGCAGCCGAGUGCUUCUCCCCGAGCAGGCACCCCUGUGGGGGCUCUCAUGGGGGUGGUGCCACCACCAACACCAAUGGGGAUGCUCAAUCAGCAGUUGACACCUGUUGCAGGCAUGAUGGGUGGCUAUCCGCCAGGCCUUCCACCUUUGCAGGGCCCAGUUGAUGGCCUUGUUAGCAUGGGCAGCAUGCAGCCACUUCACCCUGGGGGGCCUCCACCCCACCAUCUUCCGCCAGGUGUGCCCGGCCUCCCGGGCAUCCCACCACCGGGUGUGAUGAACCAAGGAGUGGCCCCUAUGGUGGGGACUCCAGCACCAGGUGGAAGUCCAUAUGGACAACAGGUGGGAGUUUUAGGGCCUCCAGGACAGCAGGCACCACCUCCAUAUCCUAGCCCACACCCAGCUGGUCCCCCUGUCAUACAGCAGCCAACAACACCCAUAUUUGUGGCUCCCCCACCGAAGACCCAGCGGCUUCUCCACUCAGAAGCCUAUCUGAAAUACAUUGAAGGACUCAGUGCUGAGUCCAACAGCAUUAGCAAAUGGGACCAAACUUUGGCAGCUCGAAGACGGGAUAUCCAUUUGUCAAAAGAACAGGAGAGCCGUCUACCAUCUCACUGGCUCAAAAGUAAAGGGGCCCAUACUACCAUGGCAGACGCCCUCUGGCGCCUGCGGGAUUUGAUGCUUCGAGACACCCUCAACAUUCGCCAAGCAUACAACCUAGAAAAUGUUUAACACAUCAUUACGUUUCUUUUAUAGAAGCAUAAAGAGUUGUGGAACAGUAGCCAUUUUAGUUACUGGGGGUGGGGGGAGGAACAAAGGAUGACAAUUUUUAUUGCAUUUUACUGUACAUCAUAAUGCCAUUUUUAUAUAAGGACACUUUUAAUAAGCUAUUUCAAUUUGGUUUUGUUAUAUUAAGUUGACUUUAUCAAAUACAUAGAUUUUUUUGCAUAUGUUUCCUUUGUUUAAAACCAGUUUCAUAAUUGGUUGUAUAUGUAGAAUUCUAGUUUUAUCUUUUUACUUGUUGCCAUGGGACUUAAACCAUCAAAGGUUUUGUCUUGGCUUAGGGUUUGUUUUUUCUCUUGUUUUGGGGGGUUUUGUGAUAUAUAUAUGAACAAACAAAUGAAAAAAAAAAGAGUUUACAGAUUAGUGUAAAUUGACAAUGAAAUGUGAAGUUGGUCCUAGUUUACAUCUUAGAGAGGGGAAUAUAUAUGUAUGUUUCACGUGCCUGAAUAUCUUAAGCCACUUUCUGCAAAGGCUGUUUCUUACAGAUAAAAGUGAAGUGCUUUCUUCGAAAGGUUGCUAUUUAGAUUAUAGAUAUUUGGCAGACAUGGCACCUUUGCUAUAUUAACUCAGAGGCCCUCUACAUAAAUCUACAGUCAGUGCUGUGCAUUUAUUUGCCGUUAGUAUAUCUCCUAGAUAGCUGGAGGGAAAGCAGUUUUUCUUGUGGUGAGUUAGAUAUCUGUGAUGUCAGUGAUUUUUGCAGAACAUGUGCGAAGCCCUGAAUUAUAUUUAGUAUUGGCAGGUAAGUUUAAAAGUACAUUUGUUCUGUUUAUAAUGAGUUCACAGUUUAUGCCUAUACAUGUUAGAUUCUUUGAAAUUUUAAAUCUUUUACAUUGCAAAACAUUGACAUUCAUCUUGAAGAAAGCAUUGGGGUAAAAACGUGGAGAUUUAUUUUGAAGCAUAUCCCCUAAUAUAAGAAAGGAAGUAUGUAUUUGUUUCUAAACAAUAUCGUGAGCUAAUUGUGAAAGGAUAGAUUGCCUGCAUGCAAAUGUUUUCUAUUCUUUAUUUCUUUAUUUUCAGUUGUGGUAUUUCUUUUUCCUUCCAAGUGUCAUGGUUGUAAUUCUCAACCAGAAAUUGGAUAUUUUCUAAAAUAUGUUUUUAAAUUUAUAUUGUGCUUUUGAAUUAUAGAAGAGAAUCAUUAUUUUAAGAAAAUAUUCACUAAAAAAAAAAAAGACCAUUACUGAUCCCAAACACCUAGAGAUUUGGUGACUUUCUUAUAUGGCCCUAGAAUAAACAUUUUGAGGCAGUAUAUGAUUCUCAGACAGUAGGAAACUACCAACAUGGAACAUUAUUUCACUUGGUGAUCUCUGAAACUUGCCAUAUUCUAGCAGAGUAGGUAUGUUAUGGCAUUUCCACUGCUGUUUGUCUGAUGAGAGUAUAACUUUCAAAGGAUACUUUUAAUUCCUUUAAUCUGUUCUACAUACCCACAUGUAUAGUUAUCCUACUUAAUAAAUCAUGAGGGCAAAGGAGUAGUACAAAAUAGGGAAACGUCUCUUGUAUCGAGAUACUUUAAAUACUGGAGGCCCUUGUAACUUGAUUGCCACUAGUCAACCACUGGAUCUCAAUUUGCAUUAAGCAUUUGAAAGAAUUUUAAAUUUUCAGUAUGUCAGUACCUAUUGUUAACAUGAAAAAUCAGAUAGAUCUCUUCUAGUUGCUGAUUAUUUGGACCAUUGAUUCAUCAUGGAGUAUAUAAUGCAAUCAGAUUCUUUUCUUUCUAGAUAUCCUUGAAUUACACCAAAGAACCUGAAACUUAAUUUUGGUUAAAUUAUUUAUUUAUUUCAUGCAUUCAUUUUAUACCCUUUUUAAGGUCUGGAUGACUUUCUUGGAAAGCCUCUAAGAACUGUUCACCAUGGGCCAUUGGGGCAUUAGAAGCCAGAGCCCUCCUCCAGAUUCCUUUCCCUGCACAGUGCAGGAGGAACCAGGAGCCAGGAACCAGCCAGGAGCUCUAAGGCAGUGCAAAACCAGCCCAGGGUGUUAUUAGGCAGGCCCUAGUUAAUUUAAAAGAAAAAAAAAUAUUUAUUUUAGAAUCAUGUUUUUCUAUAUACUAACUUGGAGAAUAUUGGUAUUUAGGAUAGAAGAUUUAAGGUCAACCAUCUUC